GUAUAAAAAUCACACUCCACAGCUGUAACCAUCAUGACAAUCCGCACUACUGAGUUCUUUUGGUGAAGAAGCUCGACAGAACAACAAAUUAUCACAAAUGGCAUGGGAGGGAGGACUCGAGCCUAAUGGCACAGAGGGAAAGAACUUCUACAUCCCCAUGUCCAACAAGACCGGGGUUGUUAGAAGUCCUUUUGAAUACCCACAGUACUAUCUGGCAGAUCCCAUCGUGUUCAAGCUUCUAGCUGCCUACAUGUUCUUCUUGAUCUGCACUGGAACUCCCAUCAACGGUCUGACAUUGUUGGUCACAAUGCAGAACAAGAAGCUCCAGCAACCUCUCAACUUUAUCCUGGUCAACCUGGCUGUCGCUGGACUGAUUAUGUGCGCCUUCGGAUUCACCACCACCUUCGUAACUGCUCUCAACGGCUACUUCAUUUUCGGACCAUUGGGCUGUGCCAUUGAGGGAUUCAUGGCCACUGUGGGAGGUCAAGUUGCUCUCUGGUCUCUGGUAGUGUUGGCUGUUGAGAGAUACAUUGUUGUCUGCAAACCCAUGGGAAGCUUCAAGUUCACUGGAGCUCACGCAGGAGCUGGAGUCGGUUUCACUUGGGUAAUGGCUUUGGCUUGUGCUGCUCCCCCACUGUUUGGCUGGUCCAGGUACCUUCCUGAGGGCAUGCAGUGCUCCUGCGGACCAGACUACUACACUCUGGCCCCUGGCUUCAACAAUGAAUCAUACGUCAUUUACAUGUUUGUCAUCCACUUCUUCAUUCCCGUCUUCCUGAUCUUCUUCACUUAUGGCAGCCUUGUGCUGACAGUCAAAGCUGCAGCAGCCCAGCAGCAGGAGUCAGAAUCCACCCAGAAGGCCGAGAGGGAAGUGACACGUAUGUGCAUCUUGAUGGUCAUUGGCUUCCUGGUAGCCUGGUCACCAUAUGCCACUUUCGCUGGCUGGAUCUUCAUGAACAAGGGAGCUGCCUUCACCGCCAUGACAGCUGGAAUCCCCGCCUUCUUUGCAAAGAGCUCAGCUGUGUAUAAUACUGUCAUCUAUGUGCUGAUGAACAAACAGUUCCGUAACUGCAUGCUGAGCACUAUUGGAAUGGGCGGCAUGGUAGAGGAUGAGACCUCAGUUUCUACCAGCAAGACAGAAGUGUCCACUGCGUAAAUAUGGAGACAUUUUCUUAUACCUGGACAUUUUCCUUUCUUCUGUCUCUUUGAUCUGGAAUAAUCCUCAAUGUGGACUGAGUGAAGUUCAGGGAUGUCUGAACCACUUGACCGGUGAUGAACAGCUCCAGGAACCAACUCAUGAACUGAAUUUUUCUCACCUUUUACUUGACGGAUGCUGGAAAGUUUUUGUCAUGUCGAAUGUGAAUUUGAAAUCAAUGCAAAUAAUGUAAGAUUUGAGAAUACAGGUAUGUGGAUGCUCACUUUGACUCUCUCUACCGUCAGAAGCAAAGCUAUCCCUGAAAUGUUUGAGUUAUUUGGCACCAUUGAAUCUACCCAUCAUCCUGAAAGAACAUAUAGUUUGAAUCCCACAGUACCUCCUAAAGAUGUUUUUUUGUACAUCAGUGGGGAAACAUUUUAUACUGUGUUUUCAAAAUGAGCAACUACAUACAAUGUAAAACUCUAUUUGUGUCAUUUGCUGAG